UUUAACUCGUUCCGCUUCUCUGAGGUUUAUAGCUGUUGAGUAAAACGAGAAGGUUGAGAAUGGAGAACGAUGGGGGAUGUAGUAGCGAGAGAAGUCUUUACGAGGUACUUGGAGUGGGAGAAACAGCAACUCAACAGGAGAUAAGGAAAGCUUACCAUAAGUUGGCUUUGAGGCUUCACCCUGACAAAAACAAGGACGACCAGGAAGCUAAAGAGAAUUUUCAGCAGCUGCAAAAGGUGAUUUCGAUUCUCGGUGAUGAAGAGAAAAGGGCUGUCUAUGAUCAAACUGGCUCCGUCGAUGAUGCUGAUCUCUCGGGAGAUGUGGUUGAUAACUUGAGGGACUACUUCAAGGCAAUGUACAAGAAGGUCACCGAGGAAGAUAUUGAAGAGUUUGAGGCAAACUACAGAGGUUCUGAGUCUGAGAAGAAAGAUUUGAUUGAGCUCUACACCAAGUUUAAGGGUAAAAUGAGCAGGCUUUUCUACUCAAUGCUUUGCUCGGACCCCAAGCUUGAUUCACACCGUUUCAAAGAUAUCAUCGAUGAGGCCAUUGCAGCAGGAGAGGUGAAGUCAACAAAAGCUUACAAGAAAUGGGCAAAGGAAAUCUCAGAAAUAAAACCUCCUACUAGUCCCCAAAAGAUGAGACACAAAGCAAAAGAGAGCGCAGAGACAGAUCUUUACGCUCUAAUUUCAAAGCGAAGAGAUUCGAGGAAAGAUAAGUUCGAUACAAUGUUCUCUUCACUUGCCUCCAGGUAUGGUAGCAGUGCUGACGCUGAGCCAAACGAAGAAGAGUUCGAAGCUGCCAGGAAAAAAGUCGAAAGCCGGGUUUCAUCAACAAAGAAGUCAAGAAGAAAGUGAAGCUUUUGGGGGAGUAGUAUCACUCACUAUGUUAGUGUGUGAUGGACAAGAAAAGUCUGUAGAAUUUAUAUAUCAAACGUUUGUUUCCUAAGGUUAAAAAAAUUCUGUGACAGACGGUGUUUGUGAAUCUCUUAUUGGAAUGCUAAUCUCUGCUCUCUCCUUGUUGCAAUA